UUCGGCUUCUGUUAGUUCUCCAGAUUAUCGCUCUUCUUCAAGGUUUUCCAGCUAUGGAGGUCGCCACCACUGCCUCCACCUUCGCGCUUACCAAGCGAAUAUCACCAUCAAUUACCUCUUCCCAUAAUCCAAAAUCCAACCGGGCCUUGUCUUUCUCCUCCUCCUCUCUCAGACCCACGCCGCUUUCCACUAACUUUCUCGCCCCUUUCGCCGGCGGCAGCGUUUCCGGAGACUUUGCCGGCGUCAAGCUCCGACCGUCGUCUCUUAAUCCUGAUUCUUCCCGUGGAUCCAAGGGCAAGCGGGGCGUUGUUACCAUGGUUAUUCCAUUUUCUAGGGGAAGUGCAUGGGAGCAACCUCCUCCAGAUUUGGCAUCCUAUUUAUACAAGAAUCGAAUUGUUUACUUGGGCAUGUCUCUUGUCCCUUCAGUCACAGAGUUGAUACUAGCUGAAUUUCUUUACCUUCAGUAUGAGGAUGAAGCAAAGCCUAUAUAUCUUUAUAUAAACUCCACAGGGACAACAAAGGGUGGCGAGAAGUUGGGCUACGAGACCGAGGCAUUUGCAAUAUAUGAUGUUAUGAGGUAUGUUAAGCCUCCUAUAUUCACGUUAUGCGUUGGUAAUGCUUGGGGAGAAGCAGCUCUUCUUUUGGCAGCUGGUGCUAGGGGAAACCGUUCUGCAUUGCCCUCAUCAACAAUAAUGAUGAAGCAGCCAAUUGCAAGGUUUCAGGGUCAAGCAACAGACAUUGAGCUCGCAAGAAAAGAAGUAAGAAAUGUGAAGGCGGAACUGGUUAAGCUUUAUGCCAAGCAUAUUGGAAAGUCGACUGAGGAGAUUGAAGCUGAUAUCAGGAGACCAAAGUACUUCAGUCCCAGUGAAGCAGUUGAAUAUGGCAUCAUAGAUAAGGUACUAUACAAUGAAAGAAGUCCAGAAGACCGGGGCGUCGUAUCUGACCUGAAAAAAGCACAACUUAUUUAAUCUAGAAAAAUCUGGAUCAGUUAUUACAAGGCAUGCCCAGAUUGAAGUUUGUGCAAAUACUGGUUCCUGAUUUCUGAAAUCUGUAAUCCUCAUGCAGUAUUAGUACACAAACAGGAAAUGAUCUGUGAAUUUAUUGCGAGCUUAUCAACUUCAUUUCUCUGAGGAACUUUGUGAAUUACAAUUCAACUAUAGAACAAUGUUAGAGAAAGGAAAUCUGAUGAGCAUUAUUGAUUUCCAACUUCAACCCAGAAAGUUGCAGCAUUCUGUUUUGGUCAUGCCAUGCAAGAAUUGCCUUUAAUGUGCUCAUCUGUUGCAACUGAAAAUUUUCCUAAUGUGCAGUGAAAAUUCUUCAAUCUUUUUGAAGCUUCAUUCAGUUGAUUGAACGCAUUAUUUUAUUCGAAUGAAUGAACAUUAGUAAUUGCUACUGGGUGAAA